AUGGAAUUAAACAAUUCAAUUUCAAGAAAUUCAAGGACGUCUAGAUAAUCAUUGGCCGAAGUUCUUUAAGCUCAUGAAGAGUAAUAGGAAUUGGAAUUGAAAUCCAAGCUGAAGAAAGCAUAAACUCUAAGUUAAAAAAAAAUCAGGUAGCAGCAAAUCUAAACUUUAAAAGAGUAAUCCUUAAGAGAGAUAUUGGGAUUUUUUACGAAUCAAAUUGAUGUCAAGAGAUUUUUAAAAAACAAAAAGAAAUUGCUGAGUUGUGACGAUACAGAGGAAUCAGAGAAAUAUUAAGAUGAGUUUUUAAAUCCAAAUGAGUUUGAAGAAAUGAAACAUAUUUAUGGAGAUUGCAAUAUUGGGGAUCUUGUAAUUGUUUUUCCGAAUCCAGAUGAUGAGGAUGCUCCUGUAGGGGAGGUAACUUUUUUGGAAGCCGAAAAGGUUUUUGAUAAGUUUAUUACAGUUAUUACCGAUGAAGUUUCUAAGUCAUAUUUAAAAAAAGAAAGGGAUUCCUUUUUGUUGUCCUUUCUCACAUUGGGGGAUUAUGUGAAGCCAUAGAAAAAGACAAAGAAAUAAGAGGAUAAGAAAUAAGAUGACAAGAAAUAGAAUAAGGAUAAUAAUGAAAAUUAGAAUUAAUAAUCUGAUAAAAAAGAUGGUCAUAAAGAGCAAAAGGAAAAUAAAGAAAAGAAGAAUUAAAAUGAUAAGCAUUAAAAUUAAUCAGAAGAUGCCAAACUAUUACCAAACUAAAAAGAUUAACCAUCAAGAAUUAACUCAUAGCAAUCUUAACAUACUGAAAGUAAGGCUUAAGAAGAAACUUCAUAUGAAAAAUAUUAAAAGUUUAUGAAGCUCUAUGAAGUAUAAUUAAAAUAGGAGGAAGAAUAAUAUCAAGAGCAAAGGAAUGUUGCCAAAUAAAUUCAAUUAGAAUAAUUUUCAGAAGUCAAAUUUUCUUAAUAAUUCUAUCGACAUUGGUAAAAACAAAAAAAAUAAGAAGACACCAUCAUUGACCCACUUAAAGAAUUACUUAAAAUUGAUCUUAAUAAUAUUAAGCAAUUCAAAAAUGUGAGUAAAUAACUAAGCAAGGGAGGGUAUCUAGUAAAGAGAAUGAAUGAUGAAGUAGAUUAUGAUUGGAUUUGUCAAAAUACACCUCCAAGAGAUUUCUUGACUCUUGUUCGCAUAACAGUUAUCAAUAAACUAUGUAGAAAUGCUUUUGUUCAUUGUAGAUAAUUUGUUUCAACAACUGGAAAACAAAUUUUUGUUGUUGUCAAAAGUCAUCAAUAAGUUAUUACAAGACAAGCAUAGAAAAUGAAAAUAACGAAAUAAAUAGAAAUGGGAUUCGCAGAUUUAUUUUCACUGGAACCUGUAGAUAAUGAAUUUAGACCUUUGAGGUUGAAAAGCUAUGUUAGGAUUAUUGAUGAUGAUUUAAGAAAUAUAUUGGCAUAGGAAGAAUAUGGUUAGACUGAACCUGAAUUUGAUUAUUUGAAUUGUUAGGAUGUUGAAAAUUACUGUUUGAAAUUGUAUAUCAAAGUAAGACAAUGGAAAGGAAAAGACUUGAAAUAUAAUGUUGUUAAAAAAUAAAGAGAGGUUGAUAAGAUAUUGAAAGAAGUUGUUACAGACUUAAAUAUCGAUCAAAGUCAUGAGAAGGUUGAAUUGAUUGAUGAUAUACCAAUAACUGAUGAGGAAUGGCAGGUCUAUUAUCUCUAUUUAGAAAGUAUACUAUGUUUUGGUAAGAAAAUCUAAUGGGCAAAAGAGUAAAAAAUGAAGGAAGUAAUAGAGAAUAUUGCUUUCCUCUAUAAACUAGUCUUUCUUAAGGCAUUAGGUGAUGCCAACCAAAUAUGGUAUGCUGAGAACCAAAGUUUUUGGAGGGAAUUUAACGGAGAGAAGCAGAUCAUAUUCAAUUUAUGGGGUAGACUCAAUAUAACUCCAGUUGCACCAUAUACGGAGUAUUUUAAAUCAUCAGGGAGUGCAGGUUCAUCCCUGUGGAGAAAGUACGAGAUUAAUGAAAAUAAGCAUCGUUCAGAGUUUAUUAAUAUGGAAAAAAUUAAGAUUACUAAUUCGAUUGUUUUAAAACAUAUUAACAUUUUAAAGAUGUUGUAAAUGCAAUAUCUUUUUGCGUAUUUCCCUGUUCAUGACCUACAUCAAUUAAAAGGGUAAGGAGAGUUAAAGAAACAAUUCUUUGAGCCCUUAAAAAAGAACGGAUUUAUUGUAGAGAAAGAAGCUUCUGAAGGUGAGAAAUAUUUGAGAGAUUUAUUUAAGGAAUUAGCAGAUGAAGCAGAAUCAACAGAUUUCGAUUCUGAAAGUUUGGAAAAGGAAAGUGGAUUCAAUCCCAGAGUACCUUGGUUCGUUCCUAUUGAUUCGAUACGUGAUUAUUUUGGGGAGAAGAUUGCUUUGUAUUUUGACUUUUUGAGUUACUAUGCUAAAUAGUUAUGGUAUAUGGCUGUUAUCAGUAUAAUUACAUAGGGAAUUAUGUCCUCUUCUUCAUUAGAAUUGAGACAGACAGCCAUUAUUGGAUUUUCAAUCAUUAUUAUUAUUUGGAGUACAUUCUUUAUGGAAUUUUGGAAAAGAGAAUAGGUGUAUUUUAGUGUGAGAUUUGGAUAAUAAAAUUUUGAAGCUGAUGAAGCAGAACGUCCAGCCUUUGAGGGAGACUUCAUAAGAUCCGUAUUGAAUGAUGAUCUGAAUGAAGAGUUUUACUCUCCUUUGAAAAGGAAAAUGAAAUAACUUCUAGCAUUAUCAAUAAGUGCUAUAAUUAUUGGAUGUGUUAUUGGUUGUGUGAUUGGCAUCAACAUUCUUAAGAAUACAUUGAUUGAAUAAAAACUUGAUUAAACUCUUUCCAAUACAAUUCCAAGCAUUCUCUAAGCAGUUUCCAUUAACUUUUUUAACUUCAUCUACAAUAAAGUUGGUUAAACAUUUAAUGUUUUGGAGAAUCAUAAAAUAUUGUCUACUUACGAAAACUCUCUUGUUGCUAAAUUCACUAUUUUUAGAUUUGUUAAUAAUUUCAUUUAAUUUUUUAUUACAUCCUUUUUGUCAAGUUAUUUUGUCUAACUCAAAUUAUGCUAAGUCAAUUUAGAAAUACAAAAUGAUUGUUUUUAAAUUCUGUCUAAUUAGAUGACAACUAUAUUCUUAACGAAUAUUAUAUCUCUCUAAAUCCCUAAACUAGUUGCUCCUCACAUAAAAGCAUUCAUUACAAAUCUAUUGACGAAGAAAGAUGAAAAAUUAGUAGAACAUCCAUUCAAUCUGAUUGAUGAGGAGAUAGAAAGGCAAUUAAAAUUAGACCCCUAUCAAACUAACGAAGAGGUGGAUGGAAGUGUAAAUGACUAUAUGGAAUUGGCAAUUUAGUUCUCUUACCUUUCACUUUUUGGUUUAGCAUUUCCAGCUUGUUACAUCUUGGCUUUUGUCUAGAAUGUAGUCAAACUUUAAGUCGAUAAAUUCAACUUCUUUAACUAUUCAAGAAGACCAUUCCCUCAAGGUGCAUCUUCAAUAGGAAAUUGGUUGAUUAUAUUUGAAAUGAUAUCAUUCCUGGCAAUAUUUACAAAUGCUGGUUUGAUUGUUUUUACUUCAGAAAUAAUUAAGGAAAACUAGGUGUAAGUAUUUACAACGCUUUUAAUUGUAUUCUUAACACUAAAAUAUAUUAUCAGAUUUCUAGUUCCUGAUGAACCUGCCGAAGCUCUGGUAUUGAAUAGAAGACAUGAAUUUGUUGUGGAGAAGGCAGUUAAAGGAUUUCAAACUGAAAGCAAUGCCAGAUAUUUAAUACAAAAGAUUAAUAGAUCGAUUGGUGGUCCUAAGGAGGUUAUAAGCAGUGAAGAGGAGGAUUGAACUUGAAUAGACUUUCUUUUAAUUAAUUGUUGUUUAUUUUUUCAAA